AUGUCUCUUAGACUUAGCAAACCCAACCACACACGACGCAUCAAAGCUGGCUUAAUCGGAGGUGCAAUCGUUAUUGGAGCAACGGCAAUAGUUUUGAACACGUUCCCACACUUGAAGAAAUCGAUAUACAAUUAUGUCCAUGGGAUAAACGAUGAUGAUGCACUGGAAGAAGAGGACAGAGAGCUACGUGAUAAACCGGUAGUGGUUGAGAGUGAACAAAGGGACUACUCUGAACAAGGUCGAAUUGUGGAAGUAUUUCAGUCAGAGGAAGCAUUCAAUUCUGAAUUGAGGGACAUUAGCAGCUGGAGCAAUGAAAAAUUAAUUGAUUGGUUGGCAAAGAGAGAUAUACAUUCAUCAAAAGAAACAAGCCACAACCAACUUGUAUCUCUAGUAUCGUCAAUCGCUACGAGGAAGAAUUGA